GCGAAAUUUUACAACCAGGAUAUAAACAGGAGAUGUUUUUAUUUCACACAAGCCUCAAGCCAGCCAUUUACUAUCCACAGCCACGGGAGAUAACUGAACGAAGAGGGAGAAGAACUGAACACCAUAUUGUAAGAAGUGAGCUGAGUUCCAUUUUCUAACCAUGUCUGCCGGCAUUAAGAUUCAUCAGACACAGCUUUUCAUCAACAAUGAAUUUGUUAACUCAGUUAACAAAAAAACAAUACCAGUUUUAAACCCUGCCACUGAAGAGGUCCUUUGUGAUAUUCAAGCUGCUGAAAAAGAAGAUGUUGAUCUGGCAGUGGCUGCAGCAAGAAAAGCCUUCAAGCUUGGCUCCCCAUGGAGAACAAUGGAUGCUUCCAAAAGAGGUCAACUUAUUGCAAAGUUCGCUUCUUUGCUUCAAAGAGAUUUUGAAUACUUGGCAUCACUGGAGUCUCUUGAUAAUGGAAAGCCCCGCAGUGAAGCUGUUGUUGAUGUUUCCAUGACAAUUGACCUAUAUCAGUACUACGCAGGAUGGUGUGAUAAAAUUUGUGGGAAGACAAUUCCAGUUGAUGGAAAUUUUUUCACCUACACACGUCAUGAACCUAUUGGUGUUUGUGGUGGGAUUAUUCCUUGGAAUUACCCCUUGUUAAUGAUGGCAUGGAAAGUUGGCCCAGCUAUUGCUUGUGGUAACACCUGUGUUCUCAAGCCUUCUGAGUUAACGCCCCUGUCUGCCCUUUACUGUGCCCAGCUAUUUAAGGAAGCUGGAUUCCCCCCAGGUGUUUUGAACAUUGUCCCAGGCUAUGGGGACACAGCGGGGUCAGCCAUCACUCAUCACAUGGACAUCGACAAAGUAGCAUUUACUGGAUCUACUGAAACAGGAAGAAAGGUGAUGACAGCAGCUGCCCAAAGUAAUUUAAAGAGAGUUAGUUUGGAGCUAGGUGGGAAGAGCCCACUGAUAGUCUUUGCUGAUUGUGACAUUGAUUUUGCCACCAAAGUUGCCCAGGGUGCAAUCAUGACCAAUGAUGGCCAGAACUGUGUCGCUGGAUCCAGGACAUUUGUGCAGGACACCAUCUACGAUGAGUUUGUAAAGAGGACCAAAGAGCUUGCCAACAGUAGGAUAGUUGGCGAUCCUUUUGAUUCAGCCACACAAAAUGGUCCACUUAUAAGCAAAGGUCAGUUUGAGAAGGUUUUGAACUUCAUGAAGAAAGGCCAGGAAGAAGGAGCUAAACUUAUUGCUGGCGGUGAUCGUAUUGGCACCAAAGGCUUCUACGUCCAGCCUACAGUUUUUGCUGAUGUGACUGACAACAUGAGCAUUGCCACGGAUGAGAUAUUCGGACCAGUACAAAGCAUAAUUAAGUUUAGUGACCCUGAGGAAGUGAUUGAGCGAGCCAAUAAGAGCAAAUAUGGGCUCGCUGCGGGCGUCCUCACCAAUGACAUCAACAAAGCCUUCAAGAUUUCUCAAUCACUACAAGCUGGAAGUGUUUGGAUCAACUGCUAUGAUAUCGUCUCCUCCCAAACACCAUUUGGUGGAUACAAACAAUCAGGACAAGGGAGAGAAGUGGGAGAGUAUGCACUUCAGCUGUACACAGAAAUUAAAACUGUGACUGUUCAGAUCCCUGGAAAAAAUUCUUAAGCUGCUAGUCAUAAUAUUUUGUUGGCUAAUGGUUUAUGCUUUUGAGAUGUUGUUGCAGUACUUUUUUCUUAUCAAACAUUUUUUUAAAUGUGAAUUUAUAACAAUUAUGGAUACAAUUUUUUGUUAAAACUACAGCUUUUAUUUUAUUGCAAAAUUGUAUUUGAUUUUCACUUAUUAAAAGUGGUAUAAUUUGCUCAUUUUUCCUAGAAGUUGAAUAUUUAUGUUCAAAAAUAGCAAAGUACUUUUUUUUUCAAAGAUAAGAAUUACAUUGUAUGUUUUGAUUAUUUGUUUUCUUCUACAGCUAAUUUGGUGAUAAUGUAGCAAUCAAUAAAAUGCUUUUGAUUCUCUCCUGUAUCAAUCUACAGUGUAUUUAGUUUUCUGAUUCCUUACUCACCACUGAACCAUGUUAAAAACACAUGACUUAAUGUGUUUACAUCUACCCUACAGUAGGCUGCGGACAACCUGUGACUGCUCAUGUUUAUGGAGUUUAUGAGAUAUUGAAAUACCUUUAUAGUUGUAUUAUGCCAAUAUAAUUACCAUGUUAAAAUUAUUUGCAUUUAAAUCAAUUUAUGUCAUCUGUGUUAUUAUCCUAGCAUGUCGUAUUUAGUAUUUACUUUGACAUUAUUAAAGCUGUGUAUGUGUUAGACUAUAAAAUUUCUUUAAAAUAUACAGUUUA